UUCCUCCCUAAAGGUCCGCAGUGUCUGGUCAUCCCCUGUACUGUCCGCAGUCUCUGGUCAUCCCCUGUACUGUCCGCAGUCUCUGGUCAUCCCCUGUACUGUCCGCAGUCUCUGGUCAUCCCCUGUACUGUCCGCAGUCUCUGGUCAUCCCCUGUACUGUCCGCAGUCUCUGGUCAUCCCCUGUACUGUCUGCAGUCUCUGGUCAUCUCCUGUACUGUCUGCAGUCUCUGGUCAUCUCCUGUACUGUGUCCACAGUCUCUGGUCCAUCUCCUGUAUUAUGUCCGCAGUCUCUGGUCAUCUCCUGUACUGUGUCCACAGUCUCUGGUCCAUCUCCUGUAUUAUGUCCGCAGUCUCUGGUCAUCUCCUGUACUAGGUCCGCAGUCUCUGGUCAUCCCCUGCACUGUGCCCGCAGUCUCUGGUCAUCCCCUGCACUGUGUCCGCAGUCUCUGGUCAUCCCCUGCACUGUGUCCGCAGUCUCUGGUCAUCCCCUGCACUGUGUCCGCAGUCUCUGGUCAUCCCCUGCACUGUGUCCGCAGUCUCUGGUCAUCCCCUGCACUGUGUCCGCAGUCUCUGGUCAUCUCCUGCACUGUGUCCGCAGUCUCUGGUCAUCUCCUGCACUGUGUCCGCAGUCUCUGGUCAUCUCCUGCACUGUGUCCGCAGUCUCUGGUCAUCUCCCUGCACUGUGUCCGCAGUCUCUUGGUCAUCCCCUGCACUGUGUCCGCAGUCUCUGGUCAUCUCCUGUACUGUGUCCGCAGUCUCUGGUGCUCUUCU